ACAAUCGCUAGUUGUAUACCACUUAUUGGUUUCUCUCAAAUUUCUUCGUCGGAUUUUUUUGAUAAGGUUUGGCCGUUUAGAUGUAUUUUGCCUCCGGAUAUUUUGGAAGAUAUUAUGAGGUAUCAUUUGAAACCUGCUUGUCCUCCACAACCUGUUGUGUUAGCCCGAAGAUUGCAAUUUGAUUCCGCGCUUAUUAGACCUUGUCAUGCUGCUUUGUUGGCAAGUUGGAUUGAUCGUCUUGGUCAAAAAC